AUGAUGGAGAGAAGGGAAGACCAAGGAAAGCGGCUUGCCCGCUUUCUUCCCAUGAUUGUGAUAUGCAGCGUCAUGGCAAUUCUCUAUACAGUGUACUUGCUGUACCACUGCCUGCCCAUGUUCCAAUUUGAGGUGCCACCUGAGUAUCGUGAUCGUGGAGCUAUUGCAAUCGGUGCACUUCACUUCUUCGUUGCCCACGCUGGGAUGGCUAUGGUUUUGUGGUCGUUCUACAAAACAUAUUCGACAGAUCCGGGGCGCAUUCCAGACACUCAUGAGUGGGAGAGGCAGCCAAAUCCUAGUCUCAUCACGGAAAGGAAACGUGACGGCGGAGCUAGAUAUUGCCACAAAUGUUCAAAAUAUAAACCCGAUCGGUGCCAUCACAGCAGCAACAGCGGCCGUUGUGUCCUAAAGAUGGACCAUUACUGUCCUUGGGUUGCCAACGACGUGGGCUUCUUCAACUACAAGUUUUUCUUUUUGACUUUGCUAUACAGUGGCGCAACGUUGACAUUCGUGUGCUCUACCAUGGCAGCCACCGUCAGCGCCUCCAUUGACGACUCCAACAUUUCCUUCGAACAAGUCUUCUUCACGUUCCUUGGGACUGCGCUGAGCUUCUUCAUGCUUGCCAUUGUUGCACCUUUCUGCAUCUUCCACUGCGUGCUCAUCACCACCAAUUGCACAACAAUCGAGUUCUGCGAAAAACGUCGCACAGGGCGGCCGAACCCCUACGACGUUGGCCUCGCUGAGAAUCUCAAGCAAGCUCUCGGGGACCAACCGCUUCUAUGGCCGGUACCGGUUGGUGGACCAAGCGGCGAUGGAAUAUCGUUCCCUCGCAACCGUUAG